UUGGUGAACAUCAACUUGAAGGUAGGCAUUAUUUAAUCCAACUUGAGUUUCUUUUUUUAAGGUCUUUUCUUUUUCGUUCUUUAUCCUAUGGAAGCAGUUGAAAAUAGGCGCAAACAAAAAUUGAAAGAAGUUAAGUUGGUUGUUGUCAAAGGGAUUUCCAAAUCGAUCAUUCCACAUGAAGAGGCAGGCAUGAACAGAAAUAUUAUGCUCUGCUUUGCCAUUUGAAUGUGUUGUUGUUGCUGACACAUUUAGGUGAAAUUAGUCUCUUUAGACAUUAACAAUGAAUGCUUUUCAUAUCUUUGUAAGAAUGCUACUAAGAGCUUUGGAGUCUAAUUGGGCUGUGGUUUAUGAAGAAAUUGCUCUUUGGAUACCUAUUGAGGUUGCUAAUGAAGAAGCUUAAUGACAAACUUGAGGGUGAGUCCAAGAAAGAAAUGCAAAAUUUGGGUUUAUUGCCCACCACAAUAUGGGUGUCAUUCAACAGAUAUCUAUCAGUACAAAUAUCAGGAAUGCUGGCUCAAAUAUAUAGUUUUAUACAAAAAUAGUCCAAGAAGGACCCGUUUUCUACUUGCUAGGCUAGCUCAGAAGGUUUUACCUUUUUUCUCAUCAAAAGUGAGACGAUAAAUGAGUCAACGCGUGACUGACGAGGGUGUGAGAAAGGACAUGGAGGAAAUAAGAAAUGGGGCAUCUUCACGUAAGCAUGGAGAUACUUUGUCACACAUUCACAGAGUGGAAUCUCCUCCUAAGCAGACACUUUUCAAAGAGAUCAAAUAUUCUGUGGUUGAGACUUUCUUCCCAGACAAACCCUUACACAAAUUUAAAGACCAAAGCUUCUUUAGAGUCUUUGUAUUAGCCCUGCAAUCUUUCUUACCCAUUUUCGAAUGGGGCAGAGACUACAAUCUUAAAAAGUUCAGAGGUGAUUUCAUUUCUGGACUCACCAUUGCAAGUCUUUGCAUCCCUCAAGAUAUUGCAUACGCAAAACUUGCAAAUUUGGAUCCCCAAUAUGCACUGUACACUAGUUUUGUUACUCCUCUUGUAUAUGCUUUCAUGGGAAGCUCAAGAGAUAUUGCCAUUGGACCCGUAGCUGUUGUAUCCCUCUUGCUUGGGACUACACUGUCCGAUGAAAUCAGCGACAUCAAAAGUCAUGAAUACCUGCGCCUUGCAUUUACUGCCACCUUCUUCGCAGGAGUCAUUCAAAUGGCACUUGGUGUUCUCAGACUUGGUUUCUUGAUUGACUUUGUGUCACAUGCUGCCGUUGUGGGAUUCAUGACUGGAUCUUCCAUUACAAUUGCUCUGCAACAGCUUAAGGGUUUGCUUGGCAUAAAAAACUUCACUAAGAAAACUGAUAUUGUUUCUGUCAUGCGCUCGGUUUUCAGUUCAGCACACCAUGGGUGGAAUUGGGAGACAAUAGUCAUUGGAUUAUCAUUCUUGGUUUUCCUUCUUGUAGCCAAGUAUAUCGGUAAAAAGAAUAAGAAGCUCUUUUGGGUGGCUGCAAUUUCCCCUAUGAUAUCUGUCAUAGUGUCUACCUUUUCUGUCUACAUAACCAGAGCAGACAAGAAAGGCGUGGCAAUUAUUAAACAUGUCAAGAAGGGUGUGAAUUCAUCAUCUGCUGGAGAGAUUUUUUUCAGUGGAAAAUAUCUAGGUCCUGGUAUUCGUGUUGGUGUAAUAGCUGGUAUGGUAGCACUCACGGAAGCUGUAGCGAUUGGGAGAACAUUUGCUGCCAUGAAAGACUACCCACUUGAUGGCAACCAAGAAAUGAUGGCAAUGGGGGCAAUGAACAUCGUUGGUUCUUUAACAUCUUGUUAUGUGUCUACAGGCGGUUUUUCUCGCACAGCAGUGAACAACAUGGCCGGUUGUAAAACUGCAGUAUCGAACAUAGUUAUGUCCAUGGUUGUGUUAUUGACUCUGCUACUUAUUACGCCGCUAUUCGAGUACACUCCAAAUGCGGUGCUUGCUUCUAUUAUAAUAGCCGCGGUGCUUGGCCUUGUGAACAUUGAAGCUAUUAUUCUUUUAUGGAAGAUAGACAAGUUCGAUUUUGUUGCUUGCAUGGGAGCCCUCUUUGGUGUGGUGUUCAUAAAUGUUGAGAUUGGCCUUCUAAUUGCGGUGGCUAUAUCAUUUUCUAAAAUCCUUUUACAAGUGACAAGACCAAGGACAGCAAUAUUAGGGAAGCUUCCAGGAACUACUGCUUAUAGGAACGUCUGGCAAUACCCCAAAGCAACCCAAAUUGAUGGCAUGCUGAUUGUCAGGGUUGACUCUGCAAUCUACUUCUCAAACUCCAACUAUAUCAAGGAGAGAAUUUUGAGAUGGCUGAGUGAUGAAGAAAACCAAAGGAUAACAAGUGGAUUGUCCAGAAUAGAGUAUCUCACUGUUGAGAUGUCACCUGUCACUGAUAUUGACACAAGUGGCAUUCAUGCUUUUGAAGAGUUAUACAAGAGUCUUCAGAAAAGAAAAGUGCAGCUUAUCAUGGCAAACCCAGGACCAAUUGUGAUAGAGAAACUCCGUGCAUCUAAGUUAACAGAUGUUAUUGGAGAAAAUAACAUAUUUCCAACAGUGGCUGAUGUUGUUUCAACUUUUGGUGCAAAUGGUGAAGGAGUAUUAUGAAGAAAUGAAAUAACUAUAGCUUCAAUAUUCAACCGUUGAAGUCCAAAGGGUGGGAAUCAAGUGUUCAAAGUGCUCAUUAGAAAGUUUCUGAGCAGGGAGUUAUGUAGAUGUGUCUUCCAUAUCUCUGCUUGGUUAUCUUCUAUUGUUUCAUGUUUUAUAUGUUGAUGUAUGAAAGGAAAAGGAAAUAAAAAAUGUAUUAUGUGUCUAUAUCUUAAUUUGUGGGAAUAUUAACAUAUCUGUAAUGAUAUACAUACACUCAAUAGUUGCAGAAGAAGAGAGAAAAUUGACUUCAUGGUUUGUAUGGUAUGAUUGGGAUCCAUUUUUCUGAUGUGA